CAUUUACAGUUUAUUAGUUGGCGAAGACGGAUGCAAGCAGUAAAGCCGGAAAGUUUUAAGUCGAUGUUAGGGAAAACUUGUACGAAAGUUUACGUGACGGCGCUGAAAUUGAAGUCGAAGUGGAGUGAAGCGAAGUGGAGGUGUGUUGAAGCAAAGUGAGUGCAAUAAAGUGCGGGUGUGUGCGCGUUUGUUUGGAGGGCAUGCAUGAAAUGUGCCCGCAAUUGCUAUGCAACAUCAAUAACUAAAUGCAAAGAAGUCGAGAAAUAACAACAAUGUUAAUCACAAUUUCAUUUAAAUGAAUAAAAGUGCAGCAACCACAAACGAAGCGAAAUAAAUUAUAUAAAUGCGCAUACAAAUGUAGACAUGUGUGUAUGUUAUAAUGAGGACUGCGUAAUCAACAAAAUAUGACUAAGUACUAGCAGAGUCUGCAGACAGCAGUCUCGCUGUCAGCUUGAGAUACAUUUGCGACAAUAGCGAUCGUACUGCCUUUCGAAGUACACCUGUACAAGCUUAACAAAAACAAAGACUACAAAUAUUUUACCUCAGCCGUUUCUGCAUUCAAAUAAAUAAACACAACGGCAGAAAUCCAAUCAAAAAUAUUUGCAUGCAAUCAAUUGUGAUAAAUUAGUUUUCUGACAAAAACAAAAAAAAAAGCCGGGAAAAAGCGAACUAACCAAAUAUACAUAAAUUUAUAUGAAAAAUGCACAAUCAAUCGAAUCGUGUCAAAAUGUCAACGCAAUAUUACAACAAAAGCAACAAGAACCGCGUUCUAUCCAACAACCGACAAUUCACCUACAUCACUCUGCUGUUCAGCAUAUUUGCCUUGAUUUGGCCUGCCGAUGGCUUUAAUUUUGCAAAUCAACCGAAUAUUGCAAUUCCAUCGCCGCAGCAUUUGAAAUUCUUCAAACCACAAACACGCAGUUCCUACUUCGGCUACACGCUGGUGAUGCGACCAACAAGCAUAAUUGUUGGUGCUCCACGAGCUCAAUCCACACUGCCCGCCCAGCGGAACGUCAAUGAAACUGGUGCCAUUUAUCGUUGCACUCUCUCACCCGUAGCCACCUGCAAUCCAUAUGUCAUUGAUGAUAGAGGUAAUGUCACCCUCGAAAAGUUCGACUCAUACACCUAUGACAAUGAAGCCCGUGACAAUCAGUGGCUUGGUGCUGCCAUGGAUGGUGGCACGAAGGACACCGAUAAACUCUUAAUUUGUGCGCCACGGUUCUUAUCACCCACCGCUAAUGAUUACUUAAUGAAUGGCAUCUGCUACUGGGUCAAGGAUACACUUAAUGACAAUCCCACCAAUGUUCAGAGGAUCUCACCGUUACGCCUAAAAUCGGAUCAAAUGAAGACUUUUAACAAUCAUCGUAGUUACUAUUAUAUGUUGGCGGAGGAGGGCCUAAGCGCACAUGUGACAGAUAAUAAUGAAGAGUUCGUGAUUGGGGCGCCUGGUAUUAAUACGUGGAAGGGCUCGGCAAUACAUGUUCGCAAAAGGUUUGAGGAGGAUCCAAUAUUGAGUAGGCGUGACACAUACGAAAGAAAGCGUGUUGCUCGGCAACUUGACUUCUCGGGUCAAUAUACGUUGAACACCGAAGAUCAACCGAAUGAUUCGUACUUUGGUUAUGCCGUCGCUUCGGGUUACUUCGAUAGCAAAGAAAAGAAUCGACUGAUGUACGUGGCGACAGCGCCUCAGGCCAAUUUGCAAUCUGGAGAGGCCUAUUUGUACAAAUAUUCUGAGGAUAGUACGCUUAAGAUGACACGCGUUUAUGUUUUUCGUGGUCUGCAAUUUGGUGAAUAUUUCGGUUAUUCGCUGCUGACAGAAGAUCUCAAUGGUGAUGGGCUCACUGAUGUGGUAGUCUCAGCGCCACAACACUCAACAUCGGGUUCUUUCGACGAUGGCGCCAUCUAUGUGUUCCUUAACAAAGGCAAUUUUAACUUCGAACAGAAACUGAUACUUUACCCCGCAACCGGCAAAGCACGCUUCGGUACCACGCUCAGCAGGCUGGGAGAUAUCAAUCACGAUGGCUUUAAUGAUAUUGCUGUUGGUGCACCAUUUGCUGGCAAUGGGUCCGUCUUCAUCUAUCUUGGUAGUAAUGACGGUUUACGAGCGCAACACAGCCAACGCCUGAACUCACCAGAUUCGGUGGUCAGCAAGUAUGGUGAACAUAUGUUUGGACACGGUCUUUCAAAGGGCGCAGAUAUUGAUCACAACGGAUUCAACGACUUUGCCGUCGGCGCGCCAAAUGCCGAGGCCAUUUUCGUUUAUCGGGCCUAUCCGGUAGUGAAGAUAUACGCAACAGUUAAAUCACAAACUCGUGAAAUCAAAACCGAUCAAAACACAUUUAAGAUCACCGCAUGCUACAAAAUUACAACCACAUCCACACAAAUAAAAGAUCAAGAUCUGGCCAUACGUAUUGUUGUGGAUCCGCAGGUGAAGCGUGUUAAGCUGCUGCAAACACGCACAAAUGAGAUUAGUUUUAAUACGACGGCAGGUUUGCAAGAGCAAUGUCGUUCAUUUGAUUGUGAAGUACAUAGUAGUGUGGCGGAUAUCUUCAAGCCGAUCGAGUUGGAAAUGCACUAUGAUCUUAUCAAUGGAGUGCCAAAAUCUGAAGUUUUCUGUGAUAAAUGUGCCGCUGUUGAUCCCGCCGAGUCGAAAGUAUAUAGUGAGAAAAUCAUCUUUAGCACGGGCUGUAGUUCGGAUAUUUGCGUGGCCGAUCUUGAAGUUAAAAGCCACAAUUUGGAUCACACAUACAUUCUCGGCAGCAGUCGCACACUGUCCGUCACUUAUGACAUAACUAACAAUGGCGAAACCGCAUAUCUACCUCAAAUCAGUAUCACUUCAUCAAACCGCAUGCCAUUCGCCAAAAUACCUGGAAACUGUCGUAUUAAGGAUACUGAUUAUUUAGAAUGUGAUUUAAAUAAUGGCGUGGCGAUGGCGAGAGGCGCCAAAGAUUCGUUUACCGUAAUUUUCGAUGUGGCGAGUAUAUCGGGAAAGGCCAUGGUUCUGACGGCCAAAGUGUUCAGUACAGGCAAAGAAGCAAAUGAAGCUAAUAAUAAGGUCACCGAUGUAAUAACGCUUGGAGAGUUCACCGAAAUCGAUAUUGUUGGUAUCCCCAAAACGCCUCAUGUCAACCUGGAAAAAAUUAGCAACACCACGGAAAUCAUUAAUAACUAUGAGAUAAAAAGCGUGGGUCCCAGUACGGUCGGCGCCAUGGAUGUGGUCUUCUAUAUACCUGUGGCAUAUAAAGUGCCCGGUACUACAAACACCAUACAAAUAAUCGAAAUGGAUAGAAUAAAUAUGCAGGCUGUCUACGACGCCCAAUUGAUUGGUAUCGAUUAUUAUCAAAACAAUACACAGCUUAUAAUGAAUACUAUAGAGAUUUCGACGAGUACUCACAGCACGACCACAGCGUCCAAAUUGAAGGAGUAUAAAAAGAGUAGCACGACUUAUGAGUACAACAGCUUGUAUGAUAUGACAGUGGAAAGUGAUAGUUAUCACACAGAAGACACCUCGAACAUGUCUUUACGUCGCAGACGUCGGCAAGCUGCUGCCCAUACGGCAACCAAAGCACAGUAUGCGCGUAUAGUAAAAGCGCACGAGUUGUUGGGCGAAGAACUGAAGGGUAAACUGCCGGUGAAUCGUACCAUCGUUUUCAAUUGUAAUGAUCCCGAAAUGACAAUAUGUGUGCGUGCUGUUAUGCGUGUCUAUAAUUUCAAUCCUGAGAAGCCCAUCACUGUCAAUAUGAAAUAUCAGGUCGAUUUGAAUGAGAUUAAUCAAAUACUAAUUGAACCGUGGGAAUAUUUUGUUAUACUAAUCGGUUUGGAUGUGAAAAAAAUCGGUGACUUUAAUGAGAAAUCGCUGGCAAUACGAAAGAGCAUCGACUACAAUAUUGUGUCGAAGCAUCAACUCUAUGGCACACCAUUCUGGGUGUAUAUAUUAGCUGUGCUGGGUGGACUGUUGCUAUUGGCGCUAAUGACUUAUGGAAUGUAUAAGCUCGGCUUCUUCAAACGCGCGAAGAAGGAAGAAAUGGAUGCACUGGUGCACCAAGGCUCAACGAGACCGGCACAAGAAGAUGUUGAGCCAGAAGCAGAAAAUCUAAAUACAGAAAGUUAUGCCAAAAUGUAUCGCGCCCAAGUGCUUUGUGUAAUUUUGUAUUUGAAAUUCUUCGCGGUGCAAACAUUUAAUUUAGCAUCAAAACCAAAUCUUUUGAUAAACGAACCGGUAAAUUAUCAGCUUAAGAAGGACAUCAACCAAAAACACAGUUCGUAUUUUGGUUACACAAUCGUUCUGCGUGAAAAAAGUAUUAUAAUUGGCGCGCCGCGAGCCCAAACUGUUCAAGCUAAUUCCGAAGCAACAGAGACGGGUGCCAUCUACAAAUACAACAUCGCCUCCAACACAACAAAACCAAUCGUUUUCGAAAAUAUAAUGAGAUUUGAAACCUUCGACAAGUUAGAACUAAACACAACUGAACAAUGGCUAGGUGGGGCCAUGGAUGGUGGAAGCAGGGAUGAAGAUCCCUUAAUUGUAUGUGCGCCACAACUGAAAGCUUUGCAGCCACACCGGCUCCCAGGUGCUCUAUUUAUGCAUGGCGUUUGUUACUGGACCAAUAGUACGAUUGAUAAGGAGUCUCAAAAUCAAGUGACUUGGAUACUUAACCCAUUUGGGGCCAAAGGUCGAGAGUCGCAACAAAUAGCCACAAAAGGUGUGAAACAUAAAUUUUACGAUUUUGGAAUGGGUGAGCUAGGCUUUAGCGUACACAUGGCGCCAAAUAAUGAAGAGAUUAUAGCUGGCGCACCAGGCAAAUAUAACUGGGCAGGUGCGGCAAUUCAUUUUAAUAUGCAAAAUCUUAGUCCCGAUGGAUCAAAGGAAGCACAUGAAAUGUUCACGUAUAAAGGAUAUGCAGUGGGAUCUGGCUAUUUCGAAAGCAAUAAUCGGCAAAAACUUUACUAUGUGGCUACAGUCCCGAAAGGUAAUCAGCAAUUAGGACAGGCACAAAUUUACACCAAAACACCAGCCGGUGCUCAUCCACUUUUGAAUUUAGCUGGCGACCAGUAUGGUGAAUUUUUUGGCUAUGCUUUACUGGUAGAAGAUCUGAAUGGUGAUAGCUUAGAUGAUAUCCUAAUUGGUGCCCCAUAUCGCACUGUAAAUGGCAUUUAUGAAGCAGGCGCCGUGUAUGUGUAUAUUAAUCAGGGAUUAAAAACACAGUUGAACUUCAAACAUUCGAUAAUAGAGUCCCCUUUCCGGAGUAGAGGACGUUUCGGAGCUGCGCUUAGUGCAUUGGGUGAUAUCAACGGGGAUGGUUAUAAAGACAUAGCCAUUGGUGCACCCUUUGCGGAUGAUGACGGUGCUGUCGCCAUUUACUUCGGUGGUCCAACCGGCCUAGAUGCGCAGCCCAGGCAGAUAUUGAAUGUCAGCGAUCAGUUUAUGGGUGGCAUGUUUGGACAUGGCCUCUCCAAAGGUGUAGACAUCGAUGCGAAUGGCUUUAAUGACUUGGCUAUUGGCGCACCAAACGCGGACACAGUCUUUGUUUAUCACGCCUAUCCGGUGGUGAAAAUAAACGCUACCAUACGGCCCAUGCUAAAUUUAAUUCCUACAAAUGCAAAGAGUCUAGAGUUUGAAAUAUGCGUCAGUAUCCUAACGAAUUCGACUAAGAUUCAGACGCAGGAAAUUUUAUUGGAUUUGAAAGUGGAUACCAAGGAGAACCGAGUCGAUAUUUCCAAUUUGAGAAGAAUUGGACUCCGUAUAGCCGAACUUUUACCGAAUUGCGUGUUGUACGAAUCCUCCCUCACAUUCGAUCCGCGUUAUGUAUUUGUUCCGAUAGUUUUCGAGCUUUCAUAUCGACUGAAGCAUGAUGCGAAAAUGUUAAGUGGCUCAGAAUUUUGUAAGGAAUGCGCUGUAGUUGACCCGCAUUGGCCGAGUGUGACAAGGACGAGUGUACAAUAUAUGCACAAUUGUGUGGGCGAUGUUUGCUUCGUCGAUCUGCAGCUACAGAGUGUGAACGUACCCUUUAAUUUUACACUGGGCACCACUCCAAUCCUACCAGUCAAAUACGUCAUUACGAAUGUAGGCGAAGAGGCCUAUAAUACAGAAUUGGUAAUUAAAUCCUCCAUUAAUGUACCCAUCGCCAAAUUACCAGCUGAAUGUGUGGGAGAAUUCGACGUGGAAUGGAGAGUUGUGUGCAGUUUGGCUAACCGUCGAGCUUUUAUCGGAAAUUCCGUACUGGAACUCAGUUUCGAUUUGAGUAAUGUUGCGGGUGUUGCAGAAAUUCAUAUAAGUGCAGCUGUUUCCAGCACAGGCAUUGAAAAAACCCAGGUUAAUAAUUUGGUUUAUGAUACCGUAAAAUUGAUAACAACAGCGGAAAUAUGGAUAGUAGAGACUUCAAUGAAUGAAAUCGCAGCUAUUACAGACCAGAUGCAAAAUAUCACAGUGGCGACGAGUUUUGAGAUACAAAAUAUCGGUCCAAGUCCAUUGAGUCUCUUCGACUUACUCAUUGAAUUUCCCAUUGGAUACAUUGAUGAGAAAAGCACAGUUCGAAACUAUAUCAACAACAUCUCAGCUCAAGUGCACAUCAAGGAUUUUGUAUACCCUAAUUUAGCAUUUGAAAUAUCACCACCCGUAUCUCCAUCAACAUUGAAUACGACGGAAAUAUUGAACUUGAAUCAUUUAACCGGAAAUCGCGCGAUUUUCCUCAACUGCCAAUCGAACGAAAAAUCGAAAACGAAAAUGUUAUGCGCUUUGAGUGACUUAUCAUUACAAUGUGGACUACAACCCGGACAAAAUAUAACGCUGGAACUAAGCUAUGAAAUCCAUUGGCCAAGCAUUGAAAACUUGUUGGUCAACAAUACAGAAUAUUUGGUACAUGUUCCUAUGGUGGAUUUGAAAGCUGAUUCAAAAUUAAAUGGAUUUUUGAGCAUAAAAAGACAUCUCAAAGGUGCAGUUUUUGUGAAGAUCAAUAAACGGAAUACACUUUGGAUUUAUAUUGCUUCUAUAAUCGGCAGCGUGCUUUUGCUGGUUGGAGUGAUGUGGCUGUUGAAGAGGUUGGGUUUCUUCAAACGAGUGACUAAAGAAGAAAUGGAAAAAAAUUUCAUAGAAAAACAAGAAAAGGCGCGCAUGAAAGAGGAACUAGAUGAAUGUGUCGCAGAAAUCGAGGAGGAUCCCGAAAGUAUUUAAUAAAAUUGAUUUAAU